ACUUCAUGUGAAAUUACAAAUAAACAUGCAUGCCGUUUACAUUUACCUACUUGGGUACCUAUCUAGGUAUACAUUAUACUUGUAGAUAAUAAGGUUAUUUUUCUGUCAAAUGAAGCAUAUAGAUUUAUAUAAACAUUGAAAACAUGGAAUGUUCAUGAAAUACAAGUAUAUGAUUUUUUUUGUUUAUAUGAGUUAUGUUGAGAAUCUUGAGUGUAGGAAGACUGCGGUAGAAAGCUACGUAGAGACCUCGAGUGUGGAACAGGAGUGUGAAAUAAUUAAUAUACUCAAUUAUACUCCAUAGUUUGAAGGCUGCGAUGCAGUGACUCAUUGUCAUCAAGGAGUCUCUAUACAAUAUUAGUGUCAGUGAGCCUCUCUAUACGAUAUUGGUGUCCGUGAGGCUGAAGUGAGGAGGCGUAAGUGUUGAGCUACUCAGCUGGGUGUGCACUCCUUUACCUUGCUAUAGAAUAGCCCCAUCAUCUACGUCAUGACCUCUACCAACAAAAAUAUACUUCAUCCAUUUGAAAUUGAACGUUCUAUAGGGAGUUUACAGUGCAUAGUCCUGGAGGAUAUACUUUCAGACAGGUGGGUGGACUCCUGUGGCCACUUGAUUCAGCUUGGGAUGCAAGCAGCAUUGGAAGCAAAACGUGGAGGCCAUGAACAAGUUCAGCACACUCUCACUCUUUGCCAUAAAGAACUAGAAGUAGUAUGGCACCUGCUAACUGCUGAAACCUGGAGACUACACCUCCUCCCUCUCCUACUUGAUCACAGUCAUGACAGAAUUCCCAUCUCUUCCCUUCCUUUCAUAAUGGUGUUGCAUUCAGAAGUAGCAGCACUUGGCCUGAUAGAAAAUCUAGUUUUCCAUGAAGAAUCUGCUGCAGCGUUGGAAGGACUUGUUCUUGAUGUAAUAGACUACAGUGUAAGGCAACUGGUCCGGCUUGCCACUCAUGCCCACACUCAUCCAAACCAGCCACUCUACAGUCCUGAUGAGAGUUACCAUUCCAUUUUUUCCUUUAAAAGAGACACAGAUGACAGAGGUGAGCACAGCAAGAAAGUAACGGCUAAUGAUCAUGGUGAAAAAAAGGAGGAUGACUCCCAGAAGACCUUAAAGUGUUUUGAAAAUCCAGAUGGAAAUGAACCAAAUAUACAUCAGGAAGUGAGCCGGGAGGAGCGAAGGGCAGGACUGGUGCUAGGGGCAAAAGCAGUGGCUAUACUGCAUCUCUUGGCUGGAUGCCAAAAGCACCUUCCUCUCUGUGCCACCACACGCUUGAUGAAUACUCAUGAUGUGCCACAACUUCUGGCAACAUUGCUAUAUAUACAGCCAUGGAAAGCAUACCACAAAGAUGUUAUGCAUAUAUUUGAAGAUAGUGAGUGGCAGGAAAGAACUCCAAAGGCUCCACCACUUUCUUGUACUGAAUGUCAAAUGUGGGCCACACUUCAGACAUUGCUUUUUGAUUCUGACUCUAUCAGGAUGUACGAAAUCAAUACUGCACGAAGAAAUGUGCUCUUGAAAUUACGUGGCCAUCUAGAUGAAGCAGCAUUAUCCCAGGUCCCCUCCUUGGAACACAUUGCACGGUGGCUUGCCACUCUUGCCAUCAGUGCCCCACAACUGUCACACCCACCACCACUGAUCACUACUCUCCCACAACUAAGUGAAGGUGUAUCAGGUACAUGGGAUGGCCGUUGGGAAGAGUUGUCACUGCAAUUAGCCUCAAGCUUUCUUAAACCCACAACAAAGUGCCUCCAGGCACUGGCAUCCACCAUGGCAGCUGCCUGGGACUUGGAUGCCCUUGAGGAGCUACUACCUCAUCCACCCAUGUGUACAUCUUGUGGUGGUCCCGCAAGCCAGAGGUGCUCUCGAUGCCACAACCAGUGGUAUUGCAACAGGAAGUGUCAAGUCAAAGACUGGCCUCAGCACAAAAAAGUGUGUGACCUUUUAGUAACUUGCCACAGUAAAACUGACAAUGCACAGGGACACUCUGCCUCCUCACAGAAGUAAUAUUCUUCAUAAUGAUGUGAUUAUAUGGAGAAAAAUGGUAAGAAGCCAUAUGUGAAAUGUAAAAAUGGUAAUACUAUACAAUGUGCUUUUCCACGUCUUUUCAUAGACAACCAAUCCUUCAAGAAAUAAAACAGAUCAUGCAGGGGAGCCAUAGUUUCUGAUGGUGCAUAGUAAACUUUGUAUUUUUCAACGCUUCACAAACUCAGUUCCUCCAUCUAUCAACUCAACACAACCUUCCAGACGAUCAUCUUUUCUUUAAUGACACUCAAGUCUCUUGUACACUGAACAUCCUCAGUGUGUAUUUUACUUCUAAUCUAAACUGGAAACUACAUCUUUCUCUUGCUAAAACAGCUUCUAUGAAGUAAGGUGUUUUGAGUUAUCUCCACCAGUUUCCUCAACCCCCAACUGCAAACUAAGUACAGUUGUAUUAUUUGACUAUAUAUAGAGUAUGUUUCACAUGUAUUUGGGGUUCCACUCAUACAGCUUUUCUUAUACUUCUCUGUAUUUCUACCUUCCCAUGACUUGAACUCAUUCAGGAAGGAGGUUUCAAAACACUUAUCCCAUACUUUUGAUUAGUGGUUUUGACUUUGUUUUUUUUUGUUUGUUUUUUUUCAAUCACAUUUACUGUUGCCCUUGGCAAAAUUACAGCAACUUUUAAUAACAGACUUUUCAACUAGUGUGAAAAAGAAACGGGUGCAACAAAAUUUUUAGAUAAUCACAGCAACCUUGUACAAUAGUCCCAACUCUGCUUUGUCAUUACUACUAUUUUUCUCUGAAACUAUGGCAAAAACUAAUCUGCAAAAUAGUAGUAUUGCAAUCAUUACAACUUUUGAUUUAUGUUUGCCAAAAGUAUGCUCACAUGUUUUGAAAUCAUGCUCAAGGUACCAGAAAUGUAGGUGGUGGUGAUAAUAAUGUACUAUGUAUAGUACAUACAUUCAAUAACUUCAAUAUGAACUAUAUGACAAUGUUAUCUUUCUAAAGAGUAUGUGUGACAAGUACAUCACACUUUACCAGAUGUCAUGCAAUAAUUUUCCAGUAAAUCUCCCUUAUAAUACAUUAUCUUGCAUUCUACACAGUCUUAGUGUGUAGAACUUUGCUUUCUCUUAUUAUUUCUUGUUUUCCCUUUACUUUAAAUACACUAUAAUUUUUCAUGAAAAAUCAUAGUCUAGAAUCAUGUUUUACUGAAUUGCAGUUCAGUAAGUGCUUAACUAGAAGAAUGUCAUCUCUUUGCCCAGUAAACUAGCUCAAUAGUUACAGGCAACAAUGCUCAAUACUGAAGUGAUGGACUUGAGAUCUCUUGUUUUACAGUUCAAUUUCCACUUAAAAUUAACCAUUUUUCUGCAAUUGCCAAUUGGUUGUUCACAUGUUGCCAACAACCUUAUUCUUUAAUUGCAAAUACAUCAGGGAAUUACAGUGUGUAGUAUGAGCUUAUACUAAUGCUACACAGGAAAUUUUGUGUGAACCAACAUAGUUGGGAGCUGACCACUCAACUUUAAAAAGAAUAUAGGUCUUCAAGUUGAUUCUACAAGCCUCCCUAAACAACUGCAUGUAAAAAAUAAAAUAACAUUAUAAAGUAUAACUAAAAUCCUGCAGUUUUGUUUGUACCAAAAGAAAACAAACUACUAACUGCUGCCAAUUAGUGACAUAUCUAUAAUUAUUUUUUUUCUCAAUCAAUCUUGGUUGUUUAAAGUAUUAAUCAAUAAUUUCCAUAUUCUGUUCAAUAUUAACACUAAAUAAAUGGACAAAGUUUACAAAAUCAUCACAAAUUUAAAAUGAUUAUCUUUAGCCAGUUAAC